CUGAUUGCAAUAUCCUUAUAUCCCCAAGCCAAGCAAGCUUGUCGACAACAUGUCAUUGUUUGUAAACCUUUUUCAUGCUAAAACAUCGUUUGGUUUGUGGCGAAAACAAAACCAUUUCACUUUGAACUCGUUCAUCUUCUAUUGCUGUUUUUUGUUUUUUGUUUUUUUCUCUCUCUCUAACUUCCCAGGGAUUUUCUUGGUCUUUCUGGCACCAAAUGGGGAAGGGAAUGAGGUGGGAUUCGAAACCUUUAUCAUUGCACUACAAACACAAUCAUAUCUUCGUGAAGUUUGGUGUCUCAAUUCUCUUAUUGGGUCUCGCUUUUCGCCUUUUCUCCUCUGAUUCAAUCAGAAUUUCUUCAGUCCUAGAAGAGACUCACACACCACCUCUUGCAGAAGCAGAGCCAAAAACAGAGUCCCCUGUUGUUUCUCAACCAAUUCAACCGCCUCUUACUUCUGUUUUUCCUGAAAAUGAAACUCAAACAUCUGAGAUUGUUGCAGAAAAAUGUGACAUUUUCAUGGGAGAUUGGAUAGCUGAUGAAUCAGGUCCAGCAUACACUAAUGAGAGCUGCCAUGUGAUUGAGGGUCAUCAAAAUUGUAUGAGUAAUGGACGUCCUGAUUCAGGUUACCUGUACUGGAGGUGGAAUCCACGGAACUGUAAAUUACCGAGGUUCAAUUCUGAGAGAUUUCUUGAUCUUAUGAGGAAUAAGUCAUGGGCCUUUAUUGGUGAUUCCAUCUCUCGUAACCAUGUCCAGUCAUUUCUUUGCAUCCUCUCUCAGGUGGAACAAGCAGUUGAGGUCUACCACGAUGAGGAAUACCGGUCCAAAAGAUGGCACUUUCCUUCUCACAACUUCACUCUUUCUGUAAUUUGGACCCCUUUCCUCAUUAAAGCAGCUAUCUUUGAGGACUUGAAUGGAGUUUCUUCAUCAGAAAUCCAGUUAUAUCUUGACAAACUUGAUGAAAAAUGGACCGAACAAUAUAAAGAUUUUGAUUAUGCAGUUAUUGCUGGUGGAAAAUGGUUUCUCAAAACAGCAAUUUAUCAUGAGAACAAUAACAUCACAGGCUGUCAUUACUGCCCUGGAAAGAACUUGACAGAACUAGGAUUUGACUAUGCAUAUCGCAAGGCCCUUCAGCUGGUUCUCAACUUCAUUACAAGCAACGACCAUAAGGCAUUUGUUUUCUUCAGAACUACGACCCCAGACCAUUUUGAGAAUGGUGAAUGGUUCAGCGGAGGAAACUGCAAUAGAACCAUGCCGUUCAAAGAGGGUGAGGUUGAUAUGCGUGAUACAGACACUAUAAUGCGUGACAUUGAAUUGGAAGAGGCUGAAAAAGCUGUCGAAGUUGGGUCUGGAAAUGGGGUGAUCUUGAAGCUAUUAGAUACAACCCGCCUUUCAGUAUUGAGGCCUGAUGGGCACCCAGGACCCUACAGGCAAUUCCAACCUUUUGCAAAGGACAAGAAUGCUGAAGUUCAGAAUGACUGUCUUCAUUGGUGCUUGCCUGGGCCAAUAGAUUCUUGGAAUGACUUGUUGAUGGAAUUGGUGGUGAAUGGUGAAAAAUAUAGAUGAUCAUUUUUCUUGGCCUUGGCUUA